AUGGCGACUUGCAGGUUCAAAAUCUGGCCUCGGAGCGGAACAUGUCGACGAAAGGGUGUCGUGAGGUCUAGAUCCGACCCUCUUCAGCCUUUUUGCUUGCACGAGAUCCCAGCCUCUCCUACCGUACACGUGCAUUCAGGAUACUACUUUGAACUUGGCAAAAAUGAGACCGCUCUGACCCCAGGUAAUGGUAACUCCGCCGGUUACACGGAGCCAAGCAUGAGCCUCGAUCCAGGAAUGCGGCAUGGCGACUUACCAAGACUAUGCGAUGACAAGGGAUCCAUCAUAUAUAGCAAUGCAGCAUCUACACUUUACCGGCCCACUUCUGCCAUCGUCUUGACGCUUUCUUUGGCCAUUAUGCGUUUCCCCAUACUAACAGUUUCUGUCUUUCUUUCGUCUUCUUGCCAUGCUACCGCCAACAACCGGCGAGCCGCAGCAGAAAUGCCAGUCGCUGCCAACGUCAUGGAACUCAUAGCGCUCCCCAAUGCACCACACCUCAUGCCGCCAUCCUCGAAACAUCUAUUUCAUCGGCGUGCCGGAUCUGGUGAUUUUUCCAAACGCCAAAUUGCCCCUGUCCAGGAAACGCUUCUCACUCUCGGUGGCCGCGUGUACAUGACCUCUGUCACCCUCGCCAACCAGCCUUUUACCCUCGUAAUCGACACCGGCAGUUCAGACACAUGGGUUGCUGCUUCCUACUUCUCGUGUCUGCACCCCAACAACAUGGCGCCCACCGUACCAACCAAUUGCGGCUUCAACGCGUCCUACGACCCUGGUGUGAGUCCGACGUGGAAGGGCAUACCGGAUUGGGAGUUUAGUGUCAAUUACACGGGCGGCGAGUUCCUGCGCGGUCAGCUGGGCGUGGAGCAGCUAGGAAUUGGGGGUGUAGGGGUAGAUGGGAGACCGUUUCUCGUUGUCGAUCAGACGAUAGGGGUGGUGGCGGAGGGGUAUUGGGUCGGUGAUGGGAUUAGCAGUGGGCUCAUGGGAUUGGCGUAUCCAGCCCUUGUCAGCGGUGCGCGUGAGUUUGCGUAUACUAGUGCGCUGUUCACCAUAGCAGCACUCGAUACCAUCAAACCCAUCUUCUCCCUCGCCCUGUCCCGUCCCACUCUCGAAAGCCCGACAGGAGGCGGCUACCUCGCAAUCGGUGGUAUACCACCCGUAUCCUACGACCCCGACUACGUCACCGUCUCCACGCUCCCCGCCGUCUCCGACACUUACGCCUGGUAUUCCCUCUCCAUAACCGGCUUCACCAUCGAGCUCCCCUCCAGCGCCAGCCACCGCCAAAAACGGCCGCCCCGCCCCGACCCUGCCACCGCCUCGGCCCCCUACAUCAUCGACUCCGGCUCCAGCCUCAUCUACGCCCCCGACGACAUCGCAGAUUACAUCGCCGCCUCGUUUGUCCCGCCCGCCACCUUCAACGCCCGCACGGGCAUGUGGAUCGUCAAAUGUAAUGCCGAUGCGCCGCGCGUCGGGAUUGCCAUUGCAGGUCGCACAUUUUGGAUCAGUGCUGAUGAUUUGAUCAAUCUGGGGCCUGGAGCAGUUGGCGGGAUUGGGAUGGGCGCGCAGAGGGGGUCGUGCGUGUUGGGGGUGCAGAGGGCGGGCGAGGGCAGUCUGGUGCUCGGCGAUGUCUGGUUGAAGAAUGUGUUGGUGGUUUUUGAUCUCGAGGGGAAUCGGAUGAGGGUUGCGGGGCGGGAGGUGUAUUAG